AUGUAUUCCCGUCCUCGCAGAAAUCAAUCUUUAGACCAUCAAGUCAAUAACGGCCUUGAUUCCCACGAAUCACCUGCUGCUAGUUAUACUCCUACUCCCACGAUCCAACCUAAUAAAGGCAGUAAGAGAUAUUCCAUGAAUGAAGUAUUUCAAGUAUGGUAUGACAACAAGGAUCAGAUAUUGAAUCCAGCCGUGGAUCUUCCUAUCAAGGCUAGUGAAUCGUAUCGAUUGGCUAAACCUAGUCAGAUUUAUCAUUUGGAUUUACAACCAAGCUCUUUUGAUGAUGUUCAUCAUCAGGAGCAGGUGAAUGAAUCUUUGGAUAAGUUGUCGAUUGAUGAUUAUGCCGAGCAAGCUAGUCAACAGCAGCUGCAACAGCAACAGCAACAACAACAACAGCUGGAUCUUGCAAAUGCUGCUAGUCAUCUCACCGGUCCGCCUCCAGGAAUUUCGGAAAAUGUCUUGUCUCGUGAGCAAACCAAUAAUUCUAACCCUCUUGUCACUUCCGAUAAGAUUGAAUGGUAUUAUAUCGAUCCAUUGGGUACAGAGCAAGGUCCGUUCAAUGGAGAUAUGAUGCAAGAAUGGCUCACUGGAGGAUACUUGACUCUUGAUUUGAAAAUCAGAAGAAAAGAAGAAUCAACGUUCAAGACUCUUAAGGAUUUAUGUGAUAGUGUCCAAAACUAUAUUCAACCAUUCAAGGUUCCAUUACCUGACUUGACUUUUAUUCCAGCUGAACCAUCGGCUAUUGAUACUAGUUCUACCCCUACGUCUCAAUUUUUCCAAAAUCAAUUGCCUGACAGUUUACCACUGCAACAACCACAAUCCCAAUUCCAUCAUCAUUUCCUUCCUGAAGGGAAUUUGGGUCCUGGAGGUGUCAGAUUACCGGGCCUUUCUACUGGUCCACAAUCAGGACUUUUCGCUAAUGAUUGGAAGAAUGAUCCGUUCAGUCCAAUUACUCCACUGUCAGCAACCGCUACUUUCCCAGCAACUGCUCCUGUCCAUGGCCAUCACCCACAUGUGCAGCAGCAUCAUCAUUUUGGAAUUGAAACAUUUAAUCACCCAUUUGGCUCCACUCAUCCGUUACAACAUUCCGCCAUGCCUUCAUUAUUGCAACCACAAAUUCAACAACCGUUAUCAGGUACUGGUUGGGGAUUAGAUACAAGCAACACUUCUACCUUGAUAAGUUCAAGCAAUCCAGCUACUCCAGUGAACCCAGUGAUGGUCCCACAACCAGCCCAAGUUACUCAACCUACUCCAAUCUCUCCAUGGAUUUCUAGCAAUGUACAAUCACUGUCUCGUGUUAGUUCUCCAUUUGCUCCAAGCUCCUCCCUUCAUAGUAGCAACAGUAAAGGACCAAGCCCCUUGCUUGACACUGGUAAGGAAGCAUCUACUGGCGAUGAUACUGUUUUGGAUGAGAUUCAUAAUGUAGUUACUGGUAUUUUAGAUGAAGAAGUUGCUGAACCAAAGGACCAAGUGAAGGAAGUCAAGAAGGUUGAAACUGAACCUGAUGUUAAACCAGAACCUAUCCCUGAACCAGUUGAACCGGAAGUAGUUGCUGAGGAAGAAUCUCCAGAAGAGGAAGAAGAGGUUUCGCAAGAUUCAGAAGAAGAAGAAAACCAAGGUGUUCAAUUGAAACCAGCUGUUCCUCAAGAAUUAGCUCCAUGGGCAUCAAAACCUCAAGAAACGAAGCCUAAAUUGUCCUUGAAAGAGAUUCAACAAAUGGAAGCUGAAAAAUUGGAGAGGCAAAAAAGGAUUGAAGCACAAAUUAGAAGUGAACAAGCUAAAGCAUGGGCUAGUUUGGAUGAACCACAGCCAGCUGAAAAAGCUGUUCCUGCAUUCCCUGCCACUUGGGCUAGUGCUGAAAUUCACAGAGAAGAAGCAGAAGCUGCUGCUAAGGCCAAGGCGGCUGCGGUUGCGGCUGCCGCUUCUGCUGCUGCUAAACCUUCUACCGGUGCAGCUUCCGUUACUUUACCUGUGAGAGCUUCUCUUGCUAGCACCCUUGCUAAUGCUGUUCCAAAAGAUGAAGGACCAGCUUGGACUACCGUUACUUCCAAGAAACUACCAGUUGUCAAGAAAGCCACUCCUGUUGUCACCAACUCUGCAACUAAGACCAAUCCCCAAUUACUUCGUGCCGUGUCGGCUGCCAAGCCAGCAGCACCAUCUGUCAAUGCUAAUGCUGUUAGAGAAGACUUUUUAGUAUGGGCUAGAUCAAACAUGUCUAAUUUGUAUCCUAGUGUCACCAAGGAUGAUCUUUUAGAUAUUUUUAUCACCUUACCUUCCAACUCAACCGAUUCCGUGCAAUUAAUUUCUGAAACUAUCUAUAGUUCAUCUGCUACUAUGGAUGGAAGAAGAUUUGCACAAGAGUUUAUGAAGAGACGUCAAAAAGUCGAUCAAACUAUCGGCUAUGCUGAAGCUCAUGAUCAAGUUGCGUGGGCAUCGGCUGUGAUUUCUUCUGCUGAUAAAGUGCAAACUGUAGAUGAAGAUGGUUGGAGUACUGUUGGAUUGUUCAUCCUUGCUGUCCUACUCAAGUACUUUAGAGGAUCACCAGCUCAGGUGCUCGAACCUAGAAAGGAAGCCGUUUUCCGUGAAGAUUUCAAAGUCGCAGCAGCCAAUUAA